AUGAUGGUCCAAGACUUUUUGAAAAAGGACGACCGGUCUUUCCUCUCCAGUCCGUCUAACACAAAGUAGGUUAACGUAUAUGUAAAGCCUUUAUAUCACGUAAUAUUUAGACAGUACUUCUUUCUACUGAUAUUCGCUAAAAUCUUGCGAUGUGUUGGUAUCUUCUUGACGCAUUACUUGGCUAAACAAGUACAUAUCGUGUCUUUAAUAUGGCUGAUGAAGAUAAUGUAAGUCGGUUAUUAAAGUUUUUGAUCGUUUUUAGGGCUUCAUGUGUUCUGGUGCCACUGCAGAAACCUUUUGCUAAUGGUAAAUCUAUUAGGAAGUCAUUGGUAUGUUAACAAAAAUUUUACCUAUUUGCUAUUGUUUAUUCGGUGUAUUUUGGCUUUUUAUAAAGAUUUUAGGUAUAAUUUUGUUGAUGUUGUUAAAUUUAACUUUUAGCAUGUACGGAUAGCACAGUUAGCGUUUUACAAUUGUCUGGUGGAAGUGUUAUGGUUCUAUGGCAUUACUUUCUGUGGGCCCUUAAGGUCCAUUUUGGUAUUCGAACAAAGCCCUGCGGUUAUGUUUGCCGCUGUGACAGCCUUGAUUGGUGUAAAUGGAUCCACAUCGAAGACACGGGGAGUGUGGGUCAUUAUUUUUGGAUUUUUGAUAUUGUUCUUCAUGGAUGAGGAUAGUACUGUGGAACUGAAUCAUUGUAAGUUGUGUUUGGCAUACCUACGUUAAUUACAUCUCUUAAGUUUUUAUUAUUAAACUGAUUUUUAGCUUAAAAUUUUGUCUUUAAUAAAAACAAAAUUUUAGCCGAAGCCCACAAACAUCAAGGAGGACUAAAUCACAUGUUUUAUCAUGUUUUAAGUUGGUUUGGCAUAUCUGACCACAAGGGUGGAGUAGUUGUCUUGCUGUUUACAUUGUUCUUGAAGAUGGGAUACGAUUCUCAGUUUAGACAUGUAGCUGUUGAGAUUGGAGGUCCAAAGAGAUUACACGCUAUGGUUGCUGUCAUGUCGGGGUUGUUCUUGACUCCGUUUGCUAUCUUUUCUACUUUACUUACUACUGUGAGUUUGUUUUGAUUAUAACUUUAGUUAUUGCACAAGGUUUUUUUAGUAUUUUUGGAUUAAUUGAACAAGACUGUACAUUAUAUUUUAGUGAUAUUUAUUACUCGUUUGUGUAAUUACUAUAAAAUUGUGUUUUUCAGAGCAAUUUGGAUGGUUUUUUCACAUUUUUCUUCUUUGCAUUUGCUGCUGCGUCUUUCGUUUAUGUUGUUGAUUUUAAUGCGGAACAGAUUUGUUUUAAGGUAAGUUAUUGUUAUCUUUUAAAGUAGUUUAUAUAUCAAUUAAGGCAGGUUUGUAUAAAUAUUUUGUUAAAUUCUUGGAAACUAAAAUCUUGUGAACUUUCUUGCCUUCUGACGCUAUAUAAAUGAUUUAUUUUGCAGCAUGUAGCAGACCCUGUGAUGGCAUCAGCACGAUGGUCUCCUAUCACAAUGUUUGUAUGUUCUUUUGUCAUUUCGUGGAUAUGGUACGCUCAAGAUACGGUAUCCAUAAGUGACCAUCCUCUGUCAGCUGGCGUCUUUAUUACUACUGUAUUGUUUUGUUUUGGUAAGAAUUUUCAACUUUUUUUAGUUUGAUCAGCUUAUCUUUUACUCUACAUAAAUUUUAAAGUGUAAUUACAAACGUUGUUGUUAAUGCCAAUCUUAUUUUACUUCAGCAUCGCUGUCAAUGACGUCGUCCAAGGAAAAGGCACCUCGAGGAGGGCACUUUGUUGGUCUCUCAAAUGAUGGUAUCCCUCUGUACAAUUAUGGAGAAGCUUUCUUACAGAAAACUUCAAAGUAAGCCAUAUUACCGUAGUAUUGUUACUGUUUAGGUCUAUCUUACACUUCUGCAAGGAAACUAUGAAAGAGAUUCUGGACAACUCGGAUUCCCGACGUAUCUUCUGGUUCUUGUGUGCUAAUUUGGUAAGUUUAAUUUACUUGGUUUUAUCUUCGACAAACUUUAUUUUUGUGGUAUUAAUAUAUCAAGUUUAAUUUUUUAGAUAACUUGAGAUGCAAAUUAAUAUAGUUUGCCUUACAAUAGAUUAUUUCAGGCAUUUUGUGGCGUAGAGUUCUUGUACGGUUUCCUGACGAAUAGUUUGGGGUUGAUCUCUGACGGUUUCCACAUGUUAUUCGACUGUUUGUCGCUUGUCAUGGGUCUGGUCGCUUCAGUUGCUGCCAGAUGGCUGUCAAACAGGACAUACUCGUUUGGUUAUGGACGUGUUGAAGUACUGUCCGGCUUCAUCAAUGCCAUGUUCUUAAGUGUCAUCGCUUUCUUUAUCUUUUUAGAAGCUGUUGGGAGAUUAUAUUCACCACCUGAGAUCAAUACCGACAAACUUAUGGUGAGUGUGACAUUUAAAAACAUUUUUUUGGAUAUUUUGUAUUUUGGAACAAACAUUACGUAAUGUACUAUUUCAGUUGGUAGCUGUAGCUGGUCUGCUCAUCAAUAUAUAUGGUAUGUACGCUUUCCAUGGUGAACAUGGUCAUUCUCAUGGUGGAGCCGAUCAUGGUCAUAGCCAUCACGGUCAUUCUCACGGUGGUAAUGCCAACAUGCAAGGCGUGUUCCUUCACGUUUUGGCCGAUACUUUGGGUAGCGUAUUCGUCAUCAUAAGUACUCUAUUCUUACAGUACUUUGGGUGGAAGUGGGUGGAUCCGUUGUGUUCGUUAAUUCUGUCACUUCUGAUCGGUAGCUCUGUAUUUCCACUACUGAAGUCUUCUGGAGCUGUGCUACUGCAAAGUAUUCCUGACGAACUGGAAGAAGAGGUGGAACAUGUUUUUGAUGAAGUAAGUAUAUAGUUUAUAGCGAUUUCCAGUUCAUUAGACAUCUUUUUAACUAUCAAUAUGACCGUUAUUAUGCGUCGUUUUUACUGCGAUUAGCCGUAUGAUAAAUUGACUAUAUUGCAGAUUCUGAAUGUAAACGGAGUCAAAUCACUUUCCGAUUUCCACUUGUGGCAACUCAAAUCCGAAGCCAACGUUGCCACGAUAUGUGUACAGAUAUACGAUAGUACGGACGAGGAAGAAAUACGAUAUGUUGUGAGGCAGAUCAUGAAGCGAUACGGUAUUCAACAGAUGACCAUCCAAGUAGAGAAGACAUUGUUCGAAACCCGGGUACAGUCAAGGCUGCCUGGCUUCAGAAGGCAUCAUGUUAUAGACAGGAGUUCUUUUAUCGUUUCUUCGAAUCAUUCUCACAGUCACGCUCCUGCAGAAGGUCGUGGCCAUAACCAUUCCCAUGGAGAUCAUGGACAUAGUCACGGUGCUGCCAGUCACGAUCAUGACCAUGGCACGGCACAUGGCAACAGCCGUGAAGCGAAUUAUCAGAACGGGUCGCUCAGUCAAAAUCAUGGGCAUUCCCAUUAA